GGGGAGGAGGGCCUUGGGGCGGGGCCCGUCGGCGCCGCGAAUCCAUUUUGCAGCCGUUCCGGCUCGUAGCGCGCGGUGCCCGCGGCUGGAGGACUGGCCGCUGCGCGGCUCCCGGCGAGUCCUCUCCAGCGGCCCCGGAGCGCCUCGGGAUCGCCUACAAAAGAAAAGGCGACCAUGAACCGGAGUCAGAGCACGCGACCACCCCCUGGCACUGAACCUGGGGAGGCUGCCUGGCCCCGUGGGAGGGCGCCCUAACCGAGAAGCUCCUUAGCACAGAGAUGGCCAGCCUCUCCCAUGCUCCUGGCUUUUUCAUCAGUAGCCUCCUUUGAUUACCAGUCACGACGUGAAAAAAAAAAAAACCAAACAAACAAAACCAAAACCUGAUUGCUCUGCCCUGGGAAAUAGUAACCCUGACCAAUACACCUGCUUGCAGGGGACAGAGAUGUGAUGGAGCUGCUUGAAGAAGAUCUCACGUGCCCAAUUUGUUGCAGUCUGUUUGACGAUCCUCGAGUUUUGCCUUGCUCGCACAACUUUUGCAAAAAAUGCUUAGAAGGGAUCUUAGAGGGGAACGUGCGGAAUUCAUUGUGGAGAUCAUCUCCAUUCAAGUGCCCCACAUGCCGCAAGGAAACUUCAGCCACCGGGGUCAGUAGCCUGCAGGUUAAUUACUCCCUGAAGGGUAUUGUGGAAAAGUAUAACAAGAUCAAGAUCUCUCCCAAAAUGCCAGUGUGCAAAGGACACUUGGGGCAGCCUCUCAACAUUUUCUGCCUGACUGAUAUGCAGCUGAUCUGUGGGAUCUGUGCUACUCGUGGUGACCACACCAAGCAUGUCUUCUGUUCUAUCGAAGAUGCCUAUGCUCAGGAAAGGGAUGCCUUUGAGUCCCUCUUCCAGAGCUUUGAGACCUGGCGUCGGGGAGAUGCUCUUUCUCGCUUGGAUACCUUGGAAACUAGCAAAAGGAAAUCUCUACAGUUGCUGACUAAAGAUUCAGAUAAAGUGAAGGAGUUUUUUGAGAAGUUACAACACACAUUAGAUCAAAAGAAGAAUGAAAUCCUUUCUGACUUUGAGACCAUGAAACUUGCAGUUAUGCAGGCCUAUGACCCAGAGAUCAACAAACUCAACACCAUCUUGCAGGAACAACGAAUGGCCUUUAACAUUGCUGAGGCUUUCAAAGAUGUGUCAGAACCCAUCAUAUUUUUGCAACAGAUGCAGGAGUUCAGGGAGAAAAUAAAAGUCAUCAAGGAAACUCCUUUGCCUCCCUCUAAUUUGCCCUCAAGCCCUUUAAUGAAGAACUUUGAUACCAGUCAGUGGGAAGACAUAAAACUAGUAGAUGUGGAUAAACUUUCUUUGCCUCAAGACACUGGCACAUUCAUUAGCAAGAUUCCUUGGAGCUUUUAUCUGUUAUUUGUGGUAAUCAUCCUGCUUGGCCUUCUCAUUUUCUUCAGUCCUACCAUAUUCCUAGAAUGGUCUUUAUUUGAUGAAAUCACAACUUGGAAAGACAAUCUUUCAAACUUUAGUUCCUACCUGACUAAAUCAGCUGAUUUUGUAGAACAAUCAGUUUUUUACUGGGAACAGUUGGCAGAUGGGUUUUUCAUUUUCAGUGAAAGAUUAAAGAAUUUUACUUUGGUGGUGCUGAACAAUGUGGCAGAAUUUGUGUGCAAAUAUAAACUGUUAUAAAAUCUGUUUAAAGUACAUAGUUCUGUGUCUUUUGUUAGAAAUUUGUCAGAAUACAGAGUGGUAGUUCAGAUUUGGUCAAGAUUCCAGUCAGAUAUUUUCCUCUACAAGUAUUCCUUUCAAAAACAAUGUCCUACACAUGUUGUUGAAAUUAGGUAGUAUAAAGAUAAAAGUGAAAUUUAAUAGUGUAGUCCUGAACCCUCCUUCCUUUUUAAAGUGCUUUUGAAAUAAGCAUCCUACCCCUAAUAGUGGUUGUGUUUAUGCUAUGAAAAAAGGGGAUGUGAGAGAGUACAUGAUUUAAUAUUGAUGAGGUAGUGUAAUAAUGAUUGUUCUUAAGCAUGUAAUAAAGACUACUCUU